UCUGGCUACACUGAAUCGAAUUUCCAGCAUUUUCAGCUGUGUUCUCUGCAAGCUGCAGGAGGAUAUUUGUGAUAAAGCGAGUGAAUUCUCCCCUCCAGCUCAGAAAUGUGUGGCCCUCUCUGAAACGCCGAGUUUCCAGAAAGUUGUGUUCUUGAGUGCACUUAACCGCUGCAGGUUCGUACGGGAAAUCGAAUCUUGCGGACCAGCGUCCACUCUCCAGACCUACUUACCUGCGGCAAAAUGGGCGACGAAAACAGGGAAGGUCCGACCUCCGCUACACCACGCGGGUUUUCAGAAGUCAUUAACCACAUGUCCAUCCACAAGAUCGAAAGCUUGCUGUGGUUCACCCGCAUGUGUUCGGUGGUGUUCACAAUCCUCUACAUCAUUCCACUGCUCGAUGCUAACUCCUACACCUGCUACCAGCGAGCUUUGAUAAGCAGUGCUGCCACGAGUGCGCUUCGGUUACACCAGCGCAUGCCGAGCAUUCAGCUCUCUCGAAUGUUCUUGAGCCAACUCCUGAUCGAGGACAGCUGCCACUACCUUUUCUACUCCCUCAUCUUCUUGUUCGCCCAGCCCAUGACGUUGGUGCUGCUGCCUGUGUUUCUCUUCUCUCUGCUUCACUCUGCAAGCUUUUCACUGACCUUGCUGGACAAGAUGGGUGGCCGUUCUGGUCUUCUUGGCACCUGGCUGGUAAAUCUGCUGGACCACCAAGGCAGGAACAUCCUUCGCCUUGUGGCAUUCACUGAAAUCUUCCUCAUGCCACUCACAGUGUUCAGUGUUCUGUCUGGACGGAGCAGCUUGCUGACUCCCUUUGUCUACUACCGCUUCGUUAGCCUGCGUUACGCUUCUCGUCGCAAUCCCUACACAAGGACCGUGUUUCACGAGUUGCGCCUGGUGACAGAGCACUACGCGUCGAGGCCCGGCUGCCCGAUGUUGCUGAGGAACCUGCUGUUCAAGACCAUAACUGUGCUUUCCCAGCUGGCACCUCCCGUCCCCCAGUGAAAGGAAGGCUGUCAGUCUGACUGGUGCCACCACCACUUUUGGACCACCAAAUGGACAAGGUCGUGGCCUUAAAGAAGGCCAUAGCCCUGUGCAAACAAGAGAACUGUGUGUGUGCAGUCUGGGAAGAGGGGGGCGUCAUUGUAACUUUUCGUGGGUCUCUUUCCACCGUCUCUUUAUUUGGUCUUGUGCACGCCGUAUUCUUCAGCAGAGCUGCGGGAAGAGAAUUCAAAAAAGUUAAAAUCGGCGGCGUUAACUUCUCUGCCACACUUGUGCAUGCAAGUCACGGUUGUGCGUGGUGGGAUGAGUUUUUUUUUUUUUCUUCGAAGGCACGGGCGGCCUCAAGUCUGUUUGUCAAGUGUUUUUUUUUUUCCCCCUCAUGUGUGUUUAUAUUAUUUCCUUGUUGCAAAAUAUAACUCGUAAUCCCAGUAGGUGUGAUUCCCACAUGCCACAUUUCUUGUGAUGAAAAAAGGAAUUAAGAUAGCUGACAACGCUAUGUGUUGAAAUGUUAUUAGAAGGCAAUGGUGUGUCGAGACUAAUAGGUGCAGCUAGUCGAGCCGAGGCGUGAAGUUGUUGCAAGCUGUCAAACAAGCGUUAGUGAACGAAAGGAGGGCACUAAAGAUGCUCACUGCUGCCAUCUUUUAAGGCCCCUGAGAUAUGUAUUUAAGUGUGCAGGCAUUGUUGACUUCAUCGAGCACUUUCACCAAUAAACAAGCGUGCAACUGCC